UGGAGGUUGGAUAUAGAUUCUGGAAGGCUAAAGCUGGGUGACAAAUUGGCAGAAAGAAGGGGAUAUGCUGUAAGUUCUGCAUCAACAUCCAAAAUUGUUUAACAACCAACCAACCAACAACAACUCUUUGAGAGAUGCAAUGUCCCUGCAGAAGAUACUGUCCGAGAGGAUCACUGAAGCCCGGCAGCUGCUGGACAGGGCAGAGACACUGUCCCGCUCCCGUCUGGGCGGGGUUCAGGGUGGUCCCAAACUCUGCAGCAAGCUGAAGGCUGAGCUAAAGUUCUUGCGCAAAGUCGAAGCAGGCAAGGUUUCAGUGAAGGAGUCGCACCUGCAGAGCACGAACCUGACCCACCUGAAGGCGGUUAUCGAGUCGGCAGAGAGCCUGGACGACGUGGUGAGCCUGCUGCACGUUUUCAGCUACCAGGAGCGGCCCGGUGAAAGGCAAUCGAUUGUGGUGGAUGUCGUUGCAAACGGCGGCCUCACUUGGGUCAAAGCCGUCGGCCGAAAAGCCGAGGCUCUGCACAGCAUUUGGGUCGGCAGAGGCCAGUAUGGAGACAGAAGUAUCGUUGAGCAGGCAGAAGAUUAUUUGGAAGCCAGCAGACAGCAGCUCGUGCAGUACUGUAAUCCACAUGUUGUGUUUGCCUUUUAUAAUGGCGUCUCCAGCCCUAUGGCAGAGAGACUGAAAGAAAUGGGGCUUUCUGUACGGGGAGAUAUCGUGGCUGUGAACUCAAUGACUGAUUUCGUGGAGGAGGCUGAUAAUUCAGCUGACUCUGACGAAGAACUGGAGGAGCCCCUGCAGGUGACGAAAGUAGACCGAUCUACAGUUGUUGCCAGCGUUGCCUUUCCAGCCGAGGUUAAAGUGGAGUCUUGCAGUCGUGUCAAUUUAGACAUAACCACCCUGAUCUCCUUUGUAUCGGCAGUAAGUCAUGGCGGCUGCUACUUCAUCUUCAAGGAGAAAGUAUUGACAGAGCAAGCUUCGCAGGAGAGGGAGGAGAGUGUCUUGCCUAAGCUGCAGGCCUUCAUGAAGGACAAGGAGUUGUUCGCGUGUGAAUUGGCUGUGAAAGAUUUUCAAACCAUUUUAGAGACACUGGGAGGUCCUGGAGAAAAGGCCAGGGCACAGAAGCUGUUGCAGAAAAUCACCGUUGUACCAGACCAGCCUUCAGAGCGAGCGUCCAGGUUGGAAGCCAGUGCAAAAAUUAAUAGUCGCUCUAUUACUAUCUUUGGCACUGGAGAUGCUUUGAAGGCGAUCACAAUGACGGCGAACAGCGGGUUUGUUCGUGCUGCAGAUAACCAAGGUGUGAAAUUCAGCGUAUUUAUCCAUCAACCGAGAGCUUUGACAGAGAGCAAGGAAGCAACAGCGACACCUUUUACCUGGGACUGUCUUUCAUGAGAAAAUCUACAAUGGUGGCCCUGUAAGAUGAAAGCAACCUCUUACAAUUGACAUUAUGGUACCUUAAGGACUUGGUGGGAGGUGGGUGUCUGUUUAAUUUGCACACUGCUGUAAAACUGAUGAACAGAUUGCCAGCUCUUGCGUUGAUGUCAAGUCUUGAGACGUAUAACAGACAGCUAAUUAGAUAUUUCAGAUUUAUUCACCAUCUCUUCCCCGAACUCCACCCAACUCUGCCUCUCUAAUGGGCAUGCCAAGUACAAAGCAUCCAUUUAAAAAGUAUUCAGGCAGACAGUUAACAGGUGUCAUGGUAGUCCUCACCAUUGAGUCUGCCUUUUACUGUAUUAGGCCAAGAGCUGCAAUGGAGAUUUAGCUGUCGACUGGAGGAUGAAGAUGUGAUUUUGUUCCUCUUAAAGUGGUUAUAAACAACUCUGCCAUGGCCUACAGUGCAAGUCUGAAAAAUUGUGAAUACAGCUCAGUUUACAAACUCUUCUUUGGUAAUGGUUCACAGAAGUACAAAUUAUUUUCUCCUAAUUUGCAAUGGUUAAAAAUGUAUGCCAGCAAAUGGCUGUAUUGUGAAUUGUUUUCUAUUUUUGAAAAGCCAGUACCUAUUGAGCUCAGUGAAACAUAAGCCCCGACUGAUCGGGAAGAGAAGUCCUGAGUAGUAUGUCAGAAUUAUUUUCCUAAUGCUGAGUGUGGGCAAUGACCUUCAUUGGUUGGUUCUAUCUGGUGCCUUCAUUAUUAUGCUGAGUAUUAAAAGAUGCUUACUAUUAUAUAUUGUUUUAUCUUUACGUAUUAUAAUUUUUAAAUUUGCUUUUGGGAAUUAAAAGACAAUUUGGGGUAAAAUAGGAAAGAACGAGGGGAGGAACUAAGAACAAAAUUUCAGAUUUAAAAAGCAAAUAAAAUUGCAGCAAGGUGGUACUUUGUGCUGCUAGAAACAGGAUUUUAUUCAACAUGGAGUUAGCUAUCUUCAUGGUAUAUUCCUGUUUGUAUUAUCUAUAAUAAAGGCAUAUUCAAUAUAUUGGUAUAUAGCUGCAUUCUCUAUAAUUGUUCUAUAAUCUGUACCAUAGCUACAGAUUACUGCUAAAAUCUUUUACGAUUUCUGGGCAGAUUCUGAUGCAGAACUGGGGAGCACAUUGUUCUGCAUUCUUUUGAUGACUGUGGAUACAUGUUGUCAGUUGGAAUAUUGAGCUUGUUUAACCUUUACUAUGGGCAUCAGUGAUUAUAAACCUGUGUCAAGCUUGGUUCCUGCAAUAUCAAAUCAUUUUUUAAACUUGAUGUCAAAGGACAGCAACCACUUCCUGGAGAUAGCUUUGUUCCAGUUAGCAUUAAGUAGCAGAAAUCAAAGGCUGCCAAUGUUCAAUUUGUGGUAGAACUUGAUACCCAUGUUAACAAAGGUUAGUUAUGAUGCUGAGCUGUACUAGGAUUAGGCAUGCACACGGCCCUCCUUGUCUUUAGGCUUGUAUUGUCCUAGACCACCAGUGUGCGAACUAGCUCCAACUGUGGCACUACAGGUUCAACUAUGCUCCAAGCUGAAAUCAAAUUUGAAAAUGUCUUUGUUACAGUUUAUUUUGAGAGAUGCUGGCAUUGUAGCACCACUUGAUGAGAAAUCUGGAGCCCUAUGCUAAUGUUCUGGGAACGU